AUGGGCUCCUUAGCCACCGGCGGUGCUCAACCCGUCGGCGCUGCCCUCACCCGCUCAGCCACUUUCCUCAUCCUGUCCCUCACAAAGCCCGAAUCUAUCCCAACCGUCCGCUCAACCCUCGCCAGCAUUCCGAACCUCGCCAAAAAUGUCGCCUUCCGCGACUCAGCCGCCAAUUUCGUCUGCACAGUUGGCAUUGGCAGCUCUAUCUGGGACCGUCUAACCGGCCUCCCACGCCCGAAAGAGCUGCAUCCCUUUCGCGAAGUCAAGGGCGCCAACCACACCGCCAUCUCCACUCCCGGCGACCUCCUCUUCCAUAUUCGCUCUGAGCGCCGCGACCUCUGCUUCGAGUUUGAGCGCCAGCUCAUGGACCUCCUCGGCGACGCGGUGACGCUCGUCGAUGGAACCGUAGGGUUCCGCUACUUCGACGCCCGCGAUCUCCUCGGCUUCGUUGAUGGCACAGCAAAUCCCGUCGGCUCGGACAUCCCAUCUUCCAUACUCGUCACCGCAGAAGAAGACCUCAAUGCAGUCGGGGGAAGCUACGUCGUCGUCCAGAAAUAUCUGCACGACCUCUCCGCCUGGCGCGCCCUCUCAGCGGAACAACAAGAGCAGAUCAUCGGCCGCACAAAGUUCGAUAACAUCGAGAUCGACGACGCCGAAGACGGUGAGCAGUGCUCGCACAAAACCCUCGCGACAAUUGAGGACGAGAACGGCGACGAGAAUGACAUCCUCCGCGAUAAUAUGCCCUUUGGGUCCCCCGCGUCUGGCGAGUUUGGGACUUACUUUAUCGGGUACACCCGCCGGUUAUGGGUCAUCGAGAAGAUGCUGGAGCGCAUGUUCGUUGGGAAUCCGCCUGGUAUGCAUGAUCGGUUGCUGGACUUUUCGAAGCCAUUGACGGGGACGGUUUUCUUUGCGCCGUCUGUAAGCGUGCUAGGUAGUCUCGCGCAUUGA